AUGGGCGGUCUUGCUCGAGGAGGCACCACUGCUUCAUGGAGCUCCCCCAUGGAACCCAUUGGCAGACCCAUCCACGUACAGCUCACGUGUCGUCCCCGUCUGUGUUCACCCGAGGAAGUCCGAAAAUGGAGAAUAUUCUGGAACGGUUUUAUCGGACUAUUCAGCUGCUGGACAUGCUACAAACUGGUCAUACCGCCAAACAACCCCGAAGCGUUUGGGCCAUUGGGCAAUUCGGAUCCCUUCUUGGUGCUGCAGUCGACCUUGACGGGGCCAUUCGCAUCCGACGUGAGGGCGGCAGAGAAAACACAGGCUGCCUGCAGAAUACUCUUGGCGAUGGGGUUUAUGGACCUGACGAUGCCGCACAUGAAACACAUUCUGCUGACGUGGGGUUAUCCAAACCGCAAGUGGUUAAGGAGGACGAUGCCGGGCUUGGUAGAGGGACUCGAGAUCACUUCUGACGAUGUUGGCAUUCCGGAUCUUCGUUGGCUCGAGUACAUUCAGUGGGGUGGUCCCCCUCAACCACCCGCAGCGGCCAAUGAAAACGGGCAGUAUGAAAACGGGCAGAAUGGUGGGCAGUAUGGCAACGGGCAGUAUGAUAAUGGCCAGAAUGGUGGGCAGCAUGGUAACGGGCAGUUCAACGGUAACGAGCAGUUCAACGGUAACGGGCAGUUUGAUGGCAACGGUGGGCAGUUCAAUGGUAACGGGCAGUGA